AUGUUACUAUCAAAAAUUGCAGCCUUUUGUGUUAUAGCUUUUGUUAAAGCUAUCGAAUUAACGUUUGAGUUAUCAGACAGUGCGAAUCAGUGUUUUUUUGAGGAUAUCAAAGAUGGCAUUGACUGCGUCAUUGAAUAUCAGGUAGUAACAGGUGGUCAGUAUGAUGUAGAUAUGACGCUUGAAGAUAAGGAAGGUAAAAUCUUAUAUAAAGGUGUCAAAAAGCAAUAUGACAGUUUUUCAUGGAAAACAGAAACAGAAGGAACAUAUAAGGCAUGCUUCUCAAAUGAAUUCUCAACUUUUUCACAUAAAGUAGUCUACAUGGAUUGGCAAAAAGGAGAUGAGGGUCAACUUUUACCAAAUGUCGAUAGGGUAACUUCACGAAUAGCAGCCAUGACGCAACUUGAAACAUCUGCAUCAGCUAUUGGUGAUCGGUUAAGGCUAAUUGAUGAUUAUCAAACACAUCACCGAUUAAGAGAAGCUACUGGGCGUAAGCGCGCGGAGGACCUCAAUGAGCGCGUUUUACUAUGGUCUUUGGGACAAACGGCUAUUAUUAUUACUUUGGGAAUUGCACAGGUGCUCCUACUUCGUUCAUUUUUCACCGAGAAACGAACGAUCUUCUGA